UUUAUGGCAGUUGAGAAAGACAACAGUUUACAUGAUCAUGGUGGACAAGUUUAACCAUGUGUUUUACGAAUCAACCAUUUUUCUUCGCAUCAGUUUUAUUUCUUCCAGUAUGACACUGGCCAUCUUCCUGAUCGGACUCUUUACCCCUUCGUGGAAAUAUAUAGAAUUCACUCUUGACUUUAAUGGAUUAUCCGCCAACGAAAAAAUUAAUCAUUUAGAUGAAGAAGUGAAAAUGGAGGACUCCAAUGCGUCCAAUGUGAUAUAUUUAUACGAUUCAAUGCAACAAGAACGUAAUUUAUCCUCCCUGGAUUUAAAUGACUUGUAUGCUUUACUUACCAAAAAGAGCGUAAAUCAAAGCCUAUUGCGUUCAUUGGUUGAUGAACCACCACCGCUUUACACAGCGCAGGUAAAGGUAGGACUUUGGAAAACAGAAGUGUGUACCCAAGUCCAGGCAGAGGAACAUUGUCUUGAACCGUUUGGAACGCAAGGGUACACUUGGAUCCGCCGCUCCCGGGGCUUCUGCAUCCUGGCCCUAGGAAUGUCCCUCCUUACAGUGAUCCUGAUCCUUAUGUGCCUAUUCCUGUCCAUCGCGGCAGACAUGCUACUGACCCAUGUGAUGACUCUCCUAACCAGUGUCAUCUCGGUAAGCAGUAUUGUGGUAGGUAUCCUGAUUUUCACCACUAACCACAUGAAAUUAGACGAGAUUACAAUGGUGUCAAACAACUUUGGGAAGCUUCAAGUGCCAGUUUCCAAGAUAUCCUGGGCAUGUUGGCUCAGUGCCAGCGCGGCGCCGACGGCAGCAAUGACGGUCCUCUUCCUUGGACUAAACAUUGUGUUCUUUUGACAACACGGUGCCAACGAUUUUAGAUGAAAAAUAUACAUAUCUCUGCAAAUAUGUUUGCCGCAUGCGGCAGUCCUUCAGUGAGGAGACAAACAGAAGGAAAUCCUGAUAGCAGAGUUAAACUUUAUUGCUCAUUUGAGCUGUAAGCUCAUUUAUAACUUUUUUGGAUACUCGAUAUCCGGCGACUGCUUGUCUGUUUGUCCGUAAAUUGUACACUUUACACAAUGCUACUUCUUCCCUAGCAUUCGUUCGAGAAAUUAGAGUUGUCGAAAUGAAGGAUCACAAUCUUUCACAAUUGAUAAACUAACAAUCAAAAUCUUUAAAACAGACCACUACACCAAAAAAAAUACUAAUUUUUACAUCACAAUUUUCAUGUCAAAUUGUUUAAAAUGGGGAUAUAAAAUAAUGCCUGUAAACCUUUUUCCCAAAAAGUACAAUAAUACAAUAUGUGAUAUUAUUAUGAAUUCAUACUACAUUCUGUAAUUUUGAAUUUAUAUACAUGUACAUUUAAACUUUUCCAACUGUCUUUCAGGGCAAAUGAUUUUCAUCUCAUGAACUAGUGGAAAUACAUAUUAUGUUGGAUAUACGGUAUAUGUUUUCUAAUAUGGCAAAUUGGUUAAAAGUUCAUUUUUACACAUUAUACAUUAAUAAUCAGAAUGUUGUGUGUCAUAUCAUAUAUUUUUUCUUUUCAUAAUUUGUAUGAUCUUGAUCUACAUGUCAUUUCAUGUCAAAUUACAGAAUGUAGUAUGAAUUCAUAAUAAUAUCACAAUCAUGUACUAAUAUUCUGUUUGAUAGUGACUCUGCAUUAAAUAUAGUUAUCUAUUUAAAAGCUGUAACAAGUUCGUAAAUGUCGUUCAUGAUGUCAUAGUAUACUGCACACGUAAUUUUAA